AUGUCGUCGCUGCAGCUGCGGACAGCACCCGCCAUGGAGGAGCCGCCGCCGGAGUUCCUGUGCCCGAUCACGCUGGACCUCAUGCGUGACCCGGUCGCGUCGCCCACGGGCAUCACCUACGACCGCGCUGCCAUCAAGUCGUGGUUACUCGCCGGCGGCCAGCGCACAUGUCCCAUCACACACGGCGAGCUCCGCGCGGCGGACCUGGUCCCCAACCACACCCUCGGCCGCCUCAUCCAGGAAUGGUGCGCCGUCAACCGUCCCCGCGGUGGUGUUGAACAGGCCAUCGCUGCCACUUCCGAGGAGGUCGCCGUCGCCGAUGUCGAGGAAGCCACGCGCGCAGGCGACGCCGAUCGGUGCGCGGCCGCAGCGCGCUGGGUCCGGCGGCUCGCCGGGUUGGGCGAGCGGAGCCGACGCCGCCUCGCGUCCGCCGGAGCGGCGCGCGCGCUCGCCGCGGCGUUCGCAUCCUUUGCGGACGCCGCAAGCGACGUGCUGGAGGGCGUUCUGGCAGCGCUUGUGCUCGUCGUGCCCAUGGACGAGGAGGCCAUCGUGGCCGUAAGCUCCUCGAGCGCGUCCGUGGCGCGGCUCGUCGCCACCGCCGCGAACGGCGGCCCGCAGAGGAGGUUGCACGCCGUGGUCGUGAUCAGAGAGAUCAUCUCGCUAUCAUUUCACAGGUCCGGCGCUGGUGCCAUCGACCUGAGCGCGAACGCCGACGCCAUCGUCCAAGUCUUAGUCAAGACGAUCAGGGACGCCAUCUGCCCGCACGCAACCAGGGCGUGCCUUGUCGCCGCGUGCCACCUCGCGUACGCCGCCGGCGAGGGCGCCACGGCGCUGCUCGUGGCGGCGGGGAUCGUGCCGGUGCUCGUUGAGCUGCUCGUCGACGCCGAUCGGAGCACCGCCGAGAAGGCUCUCGCCGCGCUCGACGCGGCGCUGGCGUCCAGAGAUGGGAGGGCGUGUGCCCGUGCCGACGCGCUUGCCGUGCCAGUGCUCGUCAAGAAAAUAUUCUGCAUCUCCGACGCGGCCACCGAGCUCGUCCUAUCGGUAUUGUUGCGCAUCGGCAAGAAAUGCCCGGAAGACGACGAGGAUGCCACGAUGGCGGCAGGUAGGCGGCUCGCCAUCAUUGAGGCGCUGCAGGUUGGUGCGCUCCAGAAGGUGCUCCUGCUUCUCCAGGCUGGGUGCAGAGCGGAAACGAAGGAGAAGGCCACUGAGCUGCUCAGGUUGAUGGUCAGGUAUCAAAGCAGAGUGGAGUGUGUUGAUACCAUGGAUUUCAGAGGGAUCAAGAGAGGCACUACAAUUUUGACUACAUAG